AUGGCGUACUUGGAGAGGACAAAGGCUAAAAAGCAUUCAGCAGAGCCAAAGUUAACUGGAGCAAUGCUACAGGUGGAGUCAAACUGUUACAGGACCACUGCUGACCCCUCCUGCACCAUGGCAGAGCUGGACAAUGUGAGGACAGUACCAGUGGAAACAAAUUCAAUAGUGUCUGAGCCCACCUCUCCACUCUCACAGCCUGAUGGGAGAAGGAGUUUGUGUUCCAUAUGUGCAGACAGGGCCACAGGUAAACAUUAUGGGGCAUCUAGCUGUGACAGCUGCAAGGGCUUUUUCAGAAGGAGUGUCCGCAGCAGCUACGCCUACACCUGCAGGUUCGGCCGGCGGUGUGUUGUGGACAAAAACAAAAGGAACCAGUGUCGUCACUGCAGGCUACAAAAGUGUUUCAGAGCUGGAAUGAGAAAAAAAGCUGUUCAGAGUGAGCGAUGCCACAGCAACCACAGAGUCGAGGGACAGGGGGCGGGCACUCUAUCCAUCAGUGUGCUGCUACAGGCAGAAGCCACUGUGCAUCGGUUCCCAACCCCAGUCUCGCCUGUGAGCUGUGACAUCAGCACCAAGAAGACGGCCUGUGUGGGAGACGUGUUCGAGUCCAUGAAGCAGCAGCUCCUCCUGCUGGUGGAAUGGGCAAAGCUCAUCCCCGAGUUUUGCAGCCUUCCACUAGAUGACAGGGUAGCCCUGUUACGAGCACAUUCUGCAGAACACCUGAUCCUUGGGGCGGCGAGACGCUCUCUAGCUUACAACAAUCUCAUUCUUUCAGGCAAUGACUUUGUGAUCCCACUGAGAGGUGCAGAGAUCGAGAUGUCCAGAGUAGCUUUCCAAAUCCAGGACGAGCUGGUCAAACCUCUUAGGGAGAUGGACAUCACAAACAAAGAGUUUGUCUGCCUCAGAGCCAUUGUCUUCUUCGCUCCAGACUAUCCAGGACUGGGGAAUCCUCAGAUGGUGAGGCACCUGCGUUUCCAGGCCCAGGUGUUGCUAGAUGAGGCAACCUGUGAGCAGCGGGGGCGGUUUGGGGAGCACCUGCUGAGGCUGUCACCUCUUCAGCGGGUGGCCUGGCAGAUGGUGGAGACUUCGCACCUGGCUCAGCUGCUAGGGGAAGCCAGGGUGGACAGCCUGCUGCAGGAGAUGCUGCUGGGGGAGGACACCAAAGCAGGACAAGCACCAUGCAUGGACAAUAGCCUGACUGGAGACCAGCUAGGUGAACGUGGAGGUUUGCCUAGCAACAUCACCUCUGUUGACCUUCCUGUUCCCACAUCUCUUCCAAGUGACUCUGUGCCCACACAGACUGACACUGAGGUGUACAGACAUGGUGAGGGUGCCAGUGCACCCACAGCAUCUGCCCACAGCAUACCGGUGGCACCUGUCCAUCCCUGCCUCCGAGAAACACCUGAACAAGCGGCGACCAUUUAA